CACUUAGCAAAUCUGUAUUUGCCCGUUAGAAGACAAUCUCUCGCCGUGGUAUUUUGCAGGUCCUUUUUGCAGUUAUCCCGAAUGUGAUUGGCUACUCUUGUAAUUACGCUAUAAAUACGUCCGCAUCACUUGGUGUUACUGUAAAAUGUCCAGCUUCAACCUGGAGAAUGCGGAUUUAAUUUACAUUUCUUUAAAACGCCUACUACUUUAUGCAGUCUGAUUGGUAUGGUUCAAAUGAAAACGUGUACAAGGUAUGCGUUUUUGACCCGGAUGGCCUACCUUAGAAACGUAACGUUUGAAAAGCGAGUGUUUUGUUGUCAUAUGGUAGCUUUUUAUUGUUCCAGAAGUAAUGGGAAUCGUUCACAUGACAAACCUCGCUCCGUGUCUCAUUCAGCUUGCGUUUAGUGCAUAACUCAUGUGUUCUGAGUUGUAACUGGCACUAUAAUAACCUACAUGUAAUCUUAUUUAAUUGAGCCCUGGACUGAGCCUUUCAACUUGGUUUAAAUGACAGUAAAUGAUCCCUCAACGAGCGGUGGUUAUGAUCUUGAGCAGUUUGUUGAGGUGCCAGACCAAGAUCUUGUCUGCAGCAUCUGCCAUGGGGUUCUGAGAUGCCCGGUCAGAAUCGCAUGCAGCCAUAAUGUUAAGACAUCUCCAAUCGUAAAAUGCAGCCAUAUUUCUGUGAAACACCUUUCUCCCUCCAGGCAGGAAACGUGUCCCUGCUGCAGAAAGGUGGUGCAUCGGCAGUUGAUGUUUGUGGUGUACAAACUCAGCAAAUCCAUCAGCCGUUUAAAGAUAAAGUGUAAGAAUGAAAUACACGGCUGCUGUGCCACCUUCCCCCUCUCGGAUCAGUACAGUCACUCCACAGCGUGUGACUUCAAAGUGAUCAGCUGUCCUAAUGAAGGCUGCAAGGUGGAGGUUCUGAGGAAGGAGCUGGCGAGGCAUCUGCAAAGCUGCGACUUCUGGAGGGAGCCGUGCAUGAUGGGAUGCGGGACUGUGCUGACACAUCAGACCCACGCGCAGCACAACUGCUACAGGGAGCUGAAGAGGGAGUUUGAGGCUCAGCAGAGUACCCACAAAGCCAUUGCUGUAAAGCUCAAGAAGAAGCUGUCCAAGAUGCAGAGCACCAUGUUGCAGAUGAGGAGGCAGGUCAGUCUGAUCUGUGACAGUCUGGAGGUAAUGGAUGAUGAAGACGAUGAGGAGGAAGAUGAACAUGCUGGCAGCAGCAAUGCAGAGUCCUCUGCCGAUGUCUGAGUGACCCUGUAAAAUAACCUGCUUCUCUGUGUCCCUGAAAUUGUAGGGUUCUAACAAAUUUGUAGUCCAUUAGCUUGUAUUAAAAUAUUCACAUAAUCAAAACAAUAUUAGCUUAGUCUUCCUUUUAUAAGCAGUGAUGAGAAAAAUCAAAGGGUUUGGUAGGAAUAAGUAAAUAUGAAAUGUUUGUUCAUACAGAGCUACAAAUACAUCUCUAAACUACUGAUAAGUGUAACCACUACUAGAAUCACCCCCAAAGUUGGAAAAUGAUUUUUUUUUUCUGUGUGUUGAUGAGAAGAUUAAGCAUUAACUGUGUAUUGAAAUGCUAUUAUACAUAUUUAUUUUUGAAACUAUCAAAAGGUGUACACAUUUUCUUUAUCAUAAUACUGUCACACGGGUUUAUUAAAGUUCCAUAACUUUACAAUAUUUCACUAAGUUUCCUUCAACAGGUUUCAUUCAAAAUAAAGUUGUUUGGAUAUUGGUAUGCUACACACAAGUUUCAUGUGAAUGUAGAAUGCACAUCUGUCCACAAAUGUAAUUAAUUUGCACUUGUGUAGGGCAUGUUCUGCCUGUUGCAGGUCUGUGGUCUUACCUCAGUAUUGUAACUGCAAUACCUAAAUAAUCCAAGCUACAUAUGCAAAGCAAAACCCUUAACUCUAGCCCCUUGGAUAAACAGGCAGGAGGACUGAACAAGCUUAUGUAUAUAUGACAAAAAAAAAAAAAAAAAAAAAAACACAUUUAAAAAAGUUUUUUAUUUUAUUAAAAAUAAGCCUGCACCAUACACAACAAGAUCAAAACAAUUGCAAAAUGGAUAAGUUAUCAAUUCACAAAUAUAUUAAUUUACAAAAUUGGCAAGUCAGGGUAUGGGUAUUUGUCAUGCAUAUUCUAACCCUCAACACAGACUUGUGACUGCACUUAGUAGGUUAUGAAAAUCACCUUUAUAUUUGAAAUUAAGUUUCCUUAUGAAGGUAACAACCACCAACUUGAGAGGAAGACAUUGGAGGCUCCCCCAUAUAUAUCUUCCUGAAGAAUGAAGGACUGCCCAACUAGCCGUAAUCCUGAUGGAAUGGCAUGACUCUGAAGUAUGCUACGAUAGCCAUGCCGGUUGAGCUUGCCAUGGACUUGGUAAAGAUCACCAACUCUGUCACCAGCAAAGCAACCCCAGACCAUGACAGUC